AUGCCCGGCGAUCGUCAUUCAGGCGACCGGAAUCGCAAGCGAAAACAUUCCGAUAAUAAUCAAACCUCCCGCAUGUCACCCUAUAAUCCUGGCCGCUCGGGCGAUCAGUACUCACCCCGGAAUAAUUCCGGCGGCGGUGGUGGCGGUGGUGGUGGAGGAGGAGGAGGAGGUGGUGGUGGUGGUGGACAAGGUGGUCAUGGCGGAGGUGGUGGAGGAGGAAACGGUCGCUCUAGACGCGGUCGCCAACAGAGCUCCUCAUCGCAGCAACAAGCGCAACAACCUCAAAUCCAACGAACACCCCGACGCACUAUGGAUGAACCUAAUGCCCCCGACGACUUAAUGAACCUCGUUAAUCAACCAACCCCCCCUGCUACACCGCGCGAUUAUUACUAUUGGGAAUACCUGACGGAUGCCGUUAUCAAAGAGUGGCAGUUUACGGGCUUCUCGCGUGUCAAGGAGUCGCUAGAGAAGGCUACAAAGGAAAAUGACACAGAUUCAGCCUGCAUCAUAUUCCAGGAGCUCGUGAAGUCUGCUAUUGAUAACCGUCUCUCGGUGGAAAACGCUGCGAGGUUUUUAACCGAUGUCUUAACAAGUCUAGAUUUUAGGGACAACGCGGCCGGACUCGAUCUGCGAAGUUUGUUCCUUUCAUCACUACAUCAGUUCGAGGUGGGCGACUCUGGAGAGAAGACGACACCUCAGAACUUGGCCCAACUUCUCAAAUCCCUUAUCCCUCACCCUAUACCACAAGAUGUAAUAUCAUCGACACUCGAGUCGGGUACACUCAUCGCUAUCGGUCUUGUGACACCCAUGUUCUCGAGGCGGGCGAUUAAAGUCACAACCAGUCUGGUUUACAAACAACGAAGACACAAUCUCCUCCGAGAGGAAUCAGAAGGGUUUUCGAAACUAAUUACAGAGUUUUUCACAGCCUCCUAUUCCUCUCAGCCGUACGAAGUUGUCGCAAGGACUGGUGAACGGGUAAAAGGCUUGGUUGGCGCGUUUGAACUGGAUCCUGGAAGGGUCUUGGACGUGUUGUUGGAUACUGCCGCCUGUACGGUUGUUUCUAACGCUAGAUUUUUCGUUAAGCUGUUGAGAGGAAGCGCGUGGUGGCCUAAGCACCUCCCUACUCUGAAUGACGAUGAGCAGGCCACCCAACAGGGAAGAGAGGAACAGAAGGCUGAAAAGGAAAGGCUGAAGGCAAUCGCUGAUGGUGCUUUCUUUGACAAACUACACAAGCAAGGGAUUUCUGCGUUUUUCGAAUCACCGGAAGGAUAUGAAAAAGGAGGGAAUAAGGUUGCUGCCCAGCUUCUAGGAUUCAAAUUCCGAUAUUACCAGCAAGAGGAUGUUAGGGAAUCCACACCAGAGAAUCUCCUGGUUCUGAGUGCUCUGUUGAUCAAGAUUGGAUUUGUGGAUUUGGCAGAUCUGUAUCCCCAUCUCAGCCCUAGGGAUGAGGAGGGUAUGGAAUCAUUACACACUGCCUGGAAGAAGAAGAUGGAAGAGAAACAGCGAGGUGGGAAACGGAAUGCACUCAUGAUGGCUGGCGCCCUUGCCGACGAUACCGUACCGCUUCCACCGCGGGCCAAGGCGUCUUCAAACUCAACCCCCGCCGCCGAGGAGAAGAAGCCGGAGGAGCAGAAAGCCGAGGAGCCAAAGCCGAAGAUACAAGAUAACCAGAAAGUCAUUCUCCUCAAAUAUCUGCUUGCCGUUGGCGCUAUCCCCGCUGCGAUGUUCAUCCUGGGAAAAUACCCGUUCCUUCCCGGCCCUGCCGACGAUAUUGCCGAUCACAUCGGCCGUAUUCUCAUUCAGUCCAUCGAGACGGUUUAUCUACCCCUACGACCCAGCCGAACCGAAAUGGGUAUGCGGAAGGUCGGAGUCACCGCUCCUGGUGGUCUUGAGCUUGUUGAUCAGCCCCGACGAAAGGCGAUGGUGUCCUUUACAAUCAGCAACCUUAAACUGAAAACUGGCGAUAUCGAAUAUCGCUUUUUCUGGGAUGAGUGGAAGGAUGGUGUUCCUAUUUGCCGGGACCCUAAAGAUGUGGUUCGUCUUAUGGAAACCCUUGGACGAAUUCUUGGCCCUCGUGUCGGGAGAGACCCUGGUGUGCUCACCAGGAUCUGUCGCAUUGGACGCAUGGUGCUCAAAGCUCCCGAUUGUACCGAAGAGGAUAAGAAGAGAUGGAUCGAUCUUUCUCGCGCGAUUCUGGUGCCUGCUGUUUCACUUACGGAUGGUAAUGCGGGCCUUGUUAAUGAGGUCUGGCGACUUCUCGAAUGUUUCCCGACCACUACACGAUACAGCUUGUACGGUGAAUGGAGCACUGUUUCCUCCAAACGCAUUCCGGAGUUGAAGUUGAAGGUUGCGGAGACCGAGAGAGAAACAAGAGACCUGUUGAAGAGGAUAUCAAAGACAAAUGUCAAGCUGAUGGCGAGACAAUUGGCAAAGGUAGCGACAAGUAUGCCGGUAGUCGUUAUGCAGGUAGUUCUUGGUCAGGUGGAAGGAUAUGAUAAUCUGAUCGAGUGCGUGGUUGAUGCGGCCAGGUACUUCACGCCGCUUGGUUUUGACGCAGUUGGGUUUUGCGUCCUUAAUAGUAUGAGUACCGAGGGAAAGAAACGAGUACAGGCGGAUGGAAUGUUAACAAGUAGAUGGCUACAAUUUCCGUCUUCGUCAUCCCUUGCACACUUCUGUGGUAAAAUCUACACCCGAUAUAAUAAGCAGAUGGAUCCCACACCAAUCCUUGAAUAUGUGGCCCGCCAGCUCAAGCGCAACAUCUCGGUGGAUCUCAUUGUUCUCCAGCAGCUGAUUCAGUCAAUGGCCGGUAUCAACCCUGAAAUCAAUCUCAACGAUGCUCAACUUCAAGGAUUGGCUGGUGGGGAAAACCUGAGGAAACAGAUUCUCAAGGCGUUCCGCGACUCCAAGGCUGAGGACACCCCCGAUACCAUGAAGACACUCACAUACACCCUAACUAAAUCUGGGCUUGCCACACAGCUUCUUAUCCUUAUCGCGCAGGAGAGGCAAACAUGUGUGUUCAGGCUGGAUGAGGACGGCGCACCACUGAAGGUUCUUGGAAACUUGUUUGACGAGAUUCACGUGGUGCUUAGUCAGUACCUAGACCUACUCAACACAGGAUUGCCAGCGGAAAAAUACGAAGAGAUCAUCCCCAGUGUUAGUAAGCUAUGUCUAGAUCUUGGAUUGGAGCCUGCGGUAGCAUGGUGGAUCGUGAGGAACGCAGUGAAGAGUAAGAUGAGAAAAGUUGAAGCACCGGAAGUUGACGAUGUGGAAAUGAAGGAUGCUGAGGACGCGGCACCUGUAGUGGAGAAGAAGACGCCUUGGAACCCAGUGUUGGAGAAAAUUAUGGCGGAAGUUAAGCCAAUCUUGCCGGAGGAUGUUUGGUCGAAAUUCAGCUUGAGCUUCUAUGUCACAUUCUGGCAGCUUUCGAUCUAUGAUAUCCAUGUUCCGAUGGAGGCCUAUCAGACGGAAACUAACAGGAUAAAUGCCGCUGUGAGGGCGCUUGAUAGUGAUCGUUCUGACCUGUCUAUUUCCGGAAGGCAGAAGACCAGGGAACGACGUGAGGAGCUAAUGGCUACUAGUGGUCGAUUGUCUGCUGAGCUUAAGCUCCAUAUUCGCGACCACAACCUCGCCAGACGAAGACUGGUGUCGGAGAAGGAUCAUUGGUUUGCUAGCGACCACUAUGACCAACGCGAAGUUACAAAUCACUUCAUUCAGUACUGUCUCCUGCCCCGCAUAAUGCUUUCACCCAACGACGCUUCCUUCUGCUCGAGAUUCAUCAAAGACCUUCACAAAAUGGGAACACCAAAGUUCCAUACGAUUGGCAUCUACGACGCCAUCUUCGGAAAAUGUCUCGGCGCUACGAUCUUCAUCUGUACCCAGCGCGAAGCUGAAAACUAUGGCCGCUUCCUGAAAGAAAUCAUGACCGAUCUUCAUGCCUGGCAUGCCGACCGUGCUCUCUAUGAAGCAAACGCGCUUGGAAAGAAUCUUUGCGGGUUUAACGUCAAGGGUCAUCCAUUCGACUGGGAAGACUUCAGGAAAAUACUAUACAAGUGGCACAAGACUCUUCAUAAUGCGGUAAAGAACUGCCUUAGUAGCAAGGAGUACAUGCAUAUCCGGAACACUGUUGUUGUGUUGAAGCAUGUGCACAUGUUUUUCCCUGCAGUUGACUGGAUUGGAAGGACGGUUGUGGAGAAGGUUGAGGAGAUCGGAAGAGUUGAGAAGAGAGAAGAUUUGAAGAUUGCGGCGACAACGCUGCUCGGGCUACUCAAGAGGAGGGAGAGUGAGUGGGUCCUUGUUGCAGGAUUUCAAAAGGGCGCCAAGAGCGAGGUCCUCACUCCUGCGGUGUCAACAAAACCCAGCCCAUCGCCAGCUACAACUCCUGCGCAGCCAGUCUCCUCGACUACGAGCACUAAUACUCCCUUGACUUUGCCAUCGAAACCAGAGGCAGAGAAGGAAGACGGAGAGAUUGAUGACAGCACCAAGGGCGGAAAAGGUGAUGGGAGGAGAACUGUGCUUUCGCCACAGAGCGCGCCGGAUGCAUCAAAGGACACUCGAAGGGCCCCAAAUCUACCUGCUAGGCCAGGCCCCAUCCCACCGCCGAUCAGGCGCGGACAUUCGAGAGAGCCACCUAGACCACAGCAGCAGCAGCCGCAGCAAAUGUCUAAUGAGCCCUCAAGGGUUGGAACACCGAGGAGGGACGAUCCUAUGCCAAUUCGGGGCGCCGCUCAGCAAGACCUGAGUAUGAGACAACAGAAUGUUGCACCAAACAACAGGAAUAUUGCACAAAGAACCCAGCCCCAGCAUCAACUUCCUGACCGACCACAGCAUCCACAAGAUGCAAGGCGAGUAUCUGACUUGGAGCGGAGGGAUUUAAGGGACCUGGUAAGAGACCCGAGGUCCGGCCCCCAGGUUGAGAUUAGAGGGAGAUUGGGCCCUGGUGAGAGGUUGCCGGAAAGACCGGGACCAGAGAGGAGGCCAGUAAGCCCAAGGAGGGAUGGGAGAGAUGUCCGUGGGGUAGAUAUGCACAGAAGGGAUGUUGAGCGACCCCCGAGGGGGGGACGGGACGAGUCGUUCCAGAGGCCAGCACUCCCGAGCCGUGACGAGCGAGGUGGAAGAAAAGAGCCCGAUCUUCUUCGCGGAAAUGACACACCAAUCCGACAAAACCAACCGCCGCAACAAACACCUCCCACCAGAAUGGACACAAGAGUCCCUACACCCGACCAGGACCGCGGAAGGAGGGGCGAGAGAAUGGAGGAGCGCGGAAGAAGACAUGACCAGCCAAGGCAUUCAGAUCCCAUGAAUGUAGAUAGUCCAGAACAGCAGCGUCGCGCCAACUCCGAGAGAAGACCCGAACAGACAACACCCAGACAGGAGGAAUCUCCACAUUUGCAAAGACCACCUGCUGGGCCGAGAGCCGAUGUUGAGAGGGAUAGGCGGAACCGCCAACAAGUUGAGUCGGGGCCGCAGACGCCUAAGGAGCGUGAUUUGUUUACCGCGCCAAUACGUGCACCUUCUGGCCCGAGUAUCCCGGACCACCGCGAUCAACGACAUGUUCCAAUUCAGCAGCACCAUCAAGAUCCAAACCACGGUAGAUUGAACCCACCAGAUUUGAUUAUUCCGAAGGGACCGCGAGAGCCCAACCCGCCACAUGGACCGAGACGUGGACAGGUCUGGGUUGCUCCCGGAGUACAAUCCCAAUCGAUUCCAGGCCCUGGGGGACCCGGGAGAAUAUUAACCACGCCUAUCGGCGUGCAGCCCUUGUCUUCCCCGAGUGAUAAGCCUAUACCUUUGAACUUGCCGAAUGAUAAGUUCGAAGGGUCACAGCAAAGUCGCUCUGCACCCUCCACCCCGGGGGUGGAUAUUUCUGGCAUCCAUCCUGAUAGGUUGAGGGCCAUGACUGCGCUUGAGGCUCCGCAAAUGAUGGGUGCGAACGCUACACCCGUGAACCCCCGACCCGAAUCUCGAAAUGAUGACGGGAGGUCGAGGGGAGAUAGAGACCAGAGGCAACAGGGUCAAGGAAGACAGCAGCAACAGCCUCCUCCAGUUCAUCCAAGCCGCAUACAGAGUAUUCAGGUCACAGUACCUUCCGGACCUAGAGGCGAUAACGCAGAAUCCACUUCCACAUCUCCGAUCACUGGACCGUCCACCAAGCCGGGAUCACCCCCCACAGGGCCUUCCACGUCCAGGCCAGAGAGAAAUGAUACCGAAACACAUCAUCAGCGUAGGCGUAUGCAAGCUAUGCAGAACGUCCUUGGUCAAGCUAUGGAUCCAGCUCCAGCAGGUCAGGUUAUUCGUGGGCGUGCUCGUCGUCCCAAUGGCAACGGUGCCGGUGGGGGUUCUACUUCUGGCCGCGACUCGGGCCGAGACUCUGGCAGGGGAUCACAGUCUCAACCUCAAGCCAUUCCUCCCGAACCCUCGAUGCUAGGCUCCGGAAGGCGGGGAAAUAUGCCAGAAGGGGGAAGCAGGAGAGCUAGCACAUCUGCUGCGGUAGAUGCAGUGUCUCACAGCGGAAGUGCCGAGGAGAGGCCUACUAGUGAUCACGGAAGCCGUAGUGGUCGUCAUGGUCGUGAUCGAGACGGUGGCAGCGGAAGAGAAAGAGGGGCUGAGAGAGAUCGGGAGCGUGGUGAACGUGAACGUGGCAUGGAGAGAAGGGAUAGAGGGGAUGGAGAGCGCCAUCUUGAGCGUGAGCGUGAAAGAGGUGAAAGGGAGCGUGGUGAGCGCGAACGAGGCAUGGAAAGAGACCGUGGAUUGGAGCGAGAGCGUGAACGAGACCGCGUUGCAGAACGGGUUGAACGGGUUGAACGGGUAGACUCUCGUCGCGGCUCUGAUCGCGGUGGAUCUUCCACUGAUAGAAAGGACCGUGAUAGAGGCGUUGAGCGUGUUGAGCGUGUUGACCGUGGAAGGGGCGGUGACGGGGAGCGUGAACGGGAACGUGAUAGAGAGAGGGAUAUCAGAGAAAGGGACAGAGACCGUGAAAGCCGCGAUCGCAAACACCGUAGAGAAGAUAGCGGCGUGCGCGGAGACGGUAGGAAGGGAGAUGAGGUUAAAAGACGCAGAAGAGGGGGCGGGGACAACUGGGGCGGGAAUUAA